UGUCAGUACGGCACUCGAAGCUCACUGAUCAACGCAAUUGUGGAAUGGGCCUUAUCCCGUCAUCAUGACAAAAAAUUCAUAUGGCUCUAUGGACCUCCAGGAUUAGGCAAGAGUGCUGUUGCAGCGACUGUUGCGGAUUCUAUCUGCCAGAGAGGUCGCCUUGGGGCAGCGUACUUCUUCGAUCGCACAUCCAAGGAUAGAUGCGACCUUUCUGGCUGUCUGGAGUCAUUAACCUAUCAGCUGUCCCAAUUCAGCGCUCCGUUCGGGAGGGCUGUGGCUAGGACCAUGCAAGAAACCCCUGGAAUCGUUCAUGCAUCCCUGAAGACUCGCUUCCACGAACUGCUUAUGAAACCCGCGAGUGUCCUGGGCGACGUCCGUGAGCCCACGACCAUAGUCAUUGACGGGUUGGACGAAUGCGAAGACCUGCACGCUCGGAGAGAGCUGCUCUCAAUUCUCACGGACGAGCUACCGUUCAUGCCU